AACAGAAGAGAACCAGCAAUCAACAUGUAAACAAACACACACACACACACAAACACACACCAGAAGAGGAGGAAUUUUGUGUUGGCGAGAAAGAAGUAUUGUGUUGAAGGCAGCGGCUUGAGUUACGAGGAAGUUUUGAUUAUUGUGACUGUUCUGAAGUGAAUUGAGGCAAUGGGUGACCGGUACAACAUUCACUCACAACUUGAGCAUCUACAGUCCAAGUACAUCGGCACAGGACAUGCAGACACGGCACAGUUUGAGUGGUGCGUCAACCAGCAGCGCGACACCUAUGCCUCCUACAUGGGCCACUUUGAUAUGCUGAAUAUGAUUGCCAUCGGGGAGAAUGAAACCAAGGCCAGGGUUCGCUUCAACAUGAUGGAGAAGAUGGUGCAGCCGUGUGGGCCACCGCCAGAGAAGAAUGAGGACUGAUUCACUUGUGUUGUCAUGUUGUCCUCCUGUUCUGUGUAAGACUGGGAACAGAACUUAAGAGAAUUUCAGUCAUGAUGGGGAAAAAUUGAACCUCAAUGAUGAUGAGAAUGUAAGAAGAUUUCAGGCAUAAUGAGGGAAAGAGAACUUGAACUGAAAUGGGAAAAGAGAGCUUGAAUUUAAAUGGAAAAAAGAGUUUGAAUUAUGUUGGGGAAAAGAUAAUUUUAAUUUUGGUUAUGUGACAAAGAUCAGAUGACAUGUGGACCUUCUCUUCAAACAUUUUAUAAAUAAAGCUUGAAAAGA